ACGAUUCCAAAUGACGUCUCCGGGACUCCGGUUAAUGGCUGCCAGGAAAGAUGCGCGGUUGGGUCGCUUCUUUUCGCUGUGAAGCACACCCAUUCAGAGGACCGUUAUUUCGGGCGGUGCCGAGCUAAAAUGGUCCACACACGAUCCAACUGGCAGCCAGAAACCCUUUUUCAUAACUGCGAACAUCGUCCUUGAAAAAUUUUGUCCUCAGAGGAUCCAGAGUCAGCAUCUCGUCUUAGUGGUCAGUUCUGCCUGCUGCUCAGAGGUUAACCUGAAGCCAUGGCAGUGAAGGACCGCGUAGAAGCCGUGCUCAACGUGGGUCUGCGCGUUCCCAGCAUCAUGCUGCUGGAUGUCCUGUACCGCUGGGAUGUAAGCUCCUUCUUCCAGAAGAUCCAACGUUCCAGCCUUUCCAACAAUCCGCUCUUUCAGUACAAGUAUCUGGCACUCUACCUGCACUAUGUUGGUUACAUCCUGAGCUUGGUGCUUCUGACUCUGCCUCGUCAGCAUCUGGUUAAACUCUACCUGUAUGUUGUCACGGCCCUGCUGCUGUUUGCUGGUCAUCAAGUCUCGAGGGAUUAUGUUCGCAGUGAACUGGAUUCAGGCUACGAAGGACCGGUCUACCUGGAGCCUCUCUCCAUGAGCAGAUUCACCAUGGCACUCAUCGGUCAGCUGGUGGUGUGCACGCUGUGUUCCUGUGUGAUGCAGACAAAGAGGAUCUGGCUUUUCUCUGCUCAUCUCCUCCCUCUGGGGGCUAGACUCUGUCUGGUCCCCCUGGAGACCAUUGUCUUCAUCAAUAGGUUCUCUAUGAUCUUUACAGGCCUGGAGGUCAUUUACUUCCUGGCUACUAACUUACUGGUACCGUAUAACCUGGCUAAGACUGCCUACAGAGAGCUGGCUCAAGUGGUGGAAGUGUACGGCCUGCUGGCUCUAGGCAUGUCUCUGUGGAACCAGCUGGUUCUUCCGGUUCUCUUCAUGUGUUUCUGGCUGGUGCUGUUCGCUCUGCAGAUCUACACCUAUUUCAGCACCAGAGACCAGCCCACCUCCAGGGAGAGGCUCCUCUUUCUCUUUCUCACGAGUAUUGCAGAGUGUUGUAGUACGCCGUACUCUCUCCUGGGUCUGGUUUUCACCGUCUCCUUCAUCGCUCUGGGAGUUCUCACGCUCUGCAAGUUCUACUUGCAAGGCUACAGAGCCUUUAUGAAUGACAACACCAUGCACAGAGGAAUGACCGAAGGCAUCACCCUGCUUAUCCUUGCUGUGCAAACCGGUCUGAUAGAGCUUCAGGUCAUCCACCGAGCCUUUCUACUUUCCAUCAUCCUCUUCAUCGUUGUUGCCUCCAUUCUCCAGUCCAUGUUGGAGAUCGCUGACCCUAUAGUUCUUGCCCUGGGGGCUUCCAGAGACAAGAGUUUGUGGAAGCACUUCCGAGCUGUGUCCCUGUGUCUCUUCCUGCUGAUCUUUCCAGCCUACAUGUCUUAUAUGAUUUGCCAGUUUUUCCAUAUGGACUUCUGGCUUCUCAUCAUCAUCUCAUCUUCAAUUCUGACCUCUCUACAGGUCCUCGGUACUCUGCUCAUCUACGUUCUCUUCAUGGUGGAAGAGUUUCGUAAAGCUCCAGUGGAGAACAUGGAUGAGGUCAUCUACUAUGUAAACGGGACCUACAGAUUGCUGGAAUUUCUGGUGGCCGUUUGUGUGGUAUGUUACGGCAUAUCAGAAACCGUCUUUGGGGAGUGGAGCGUUAUGGGAAGCACCAUCAUCCUGGUCCACUCCUACUAUAAUGUCUGGCUCCGAGCCCAGCUGGGCUGGCAGAGCUUCCUCAGGAGAGACGCUGUAAACAAGAUCAAAAGCCUCCCGACUGCCAGUGACGCCCAGCUGGAGCAGUACAACGAUAUCUGUGCUAUCUGCUUCCAGGACAUGAGCAGUGCUGUGAUCACUCCAUGCAGUCAUUUCUUCCAUGCUGGCUGUCUGAAGAAGUGGCUGUACGUCCAGGAGAGUUGUCCUCUGUGUCACGCUCAGCUCAAGAGCCAGGCCCCAGCUGCCAGCGCGUCCAACUCUGAGACAAAUCAGAGCUCUGCGGGACAGGAAGGAGCCUCAGAUGAAAACAAGGAUAAAACUCAGUCAGAGGAUGGUGAUGAUGAUGAGGAGGGGUCAGCAGGGCAGGAAGAAGAUGACGGAGCUCCAUCAUCAUCGUCCUCUUCUUGUUUUCCUCUGGAGUCACAAACCUCGUCAUUUUCUCCCUCUACGUCCGACGCUCCGUCCCUCCCUCACACAUCUCCUGCAGAGACGACCCCCACAGCUGAGCUGGAGCCGGACCCACACUCGAGUCCACCUUAUCACGUUCUCACCAGCAGCACAGCUUCUGAGGAAAACUCUCCUCCAUUCUGCCUCUGAGCUCCAUGGCAACACGCGCAUCACACGUGCAUGCACUUAAAAAUCCUUCAUCUGAUUACGCUCUGCUUGUAUUUCACCCGCCCACACUUAGGUUCUCCUGACCGGUAAACUCCUCCACGUCCCUCUCGGGGGAUAAAAUCCAGAACAAUCACGUUUGGAAGGGAAAAGGACCACUGGUACGGUUACAGUUGGAUAUUGACCUUUGACCUCAUGCUGGCAGUGAUCUCCAUCGACAACUUAUUUUUGUCUUUUAUUUAAAUCGCGACAAAGGAAAAGCGCAGCUCUCAUCUCAGAAAUCAGUCGGCCGUGCAUCAUAUCCAUAAAAUGUGAAAUUUAAAUAAUGCAUCAUUACCUGGUUGAGUUCAGUUUGAGCUUACUGGGUUGAAUUUGGCAUUUUUGUAACAUUACCAUGUUUUUUUUUCUCUGUAUUCGUUUAUCCUGCCUGCAAUUCCUUUCUACUGCUGUACAUUUGGGGUUCAUCCAGUACAUGCCAUGAAAUAUUGAAAAACGGAUCAGGAGUGCUACAACAGACAACGGAAGACUGAUGGUUACAUUUGAAACUGUGACGGUCUUUAACAUUUCAUCAACUUCUACGCGUUUCUGGGUUUUUUUUUGGUGUUUUUUGGGCCGAACUGCUGGAUGGUUGGUAGUUCUGUUACUGAAUACUAAGCAAACUGAAUGUUGUUCCUCGAGCCCGGCUGUGUGAACAGAUCGGUGGCUUCACAAAAGAAUGACUUGUACGUUUUUUGUAUGUGGAGAAUUUUUGCUAUCUUCAGCGUUCAAAUCGAAUUGUUUGGCUGGUCCCAGCAAAAAACAAACCUAUUCCUCGCCGCCAAAGUUUUGUACCACUGUUAUCACGGAGUGUAAAUAAGUCCCGGAAGCAGACGUGCUGAUCUUAUUCAUUUAGCCUCCCGAGCUUUGCUCCACCCCCUCCUGUCUAGCAUCUGUGUUCUGCUUCAUCAGACGUUACUACCAGCACAUUUAGCCUUUUUUUAUUUAGCUCACACGUGCACACAAGUCGGUUCAUGCAAAUAAGGUGGAAAAUAGUGUUAAAAUGACAGAGUUGAGUCGUUUUUGCAUACAUAAAGCUUGCAAACCCCUCUCCAGAUGAUUUUUCUACAUUUUCUUGUUUCGUCGUCGUCGUUUGCACUAAUGUCAUUUUUACUAGCAAUGCUCCAAAGCUUUUCUGUGGCUGUCAGCAACCAAAGCCCCUCUGAUGUUGAUGUAGGAGGAAGCAGCCUGAUCUGUUUGUGUGUGGCGUGUACAUAAAUGAUAAAUGUUGCUCAUAUGUAUGCUCAACCAGAGGAGUGCUGUUGCGUUUGUGUGAUUGGGAGGAUUUUGGUUUCCUCCGAGCUUCCUGAUUUAGAGGCUGUUGGGGGAUCUGAACUUUCUGAUCUGAGAUCAGUGUUACGCCCUCUCUCUCUCUCUCUCUCUCUCUCUCUCUCUCUCUCUCUCUCUCUCUCUCUCUCUCUCUCUCUCUCUCUCUCUCUCUCCUGUCUGCAUGACGUGUCUGAGCUGGUGUGAUCACUCCAGUGCCCUCUACUGUUAGGAGUGGGAUCAGCAUGGCACUGACGGACUGGAAGUGUUCUGGUCCAACCCUCAGCAGUAUUAUUUACUACCACUAUUAAUUAUAAGGUCAUCAUAAUGAAUGAUUUGAUACUUUUUUUAAGCAUGUUGGUUUCAGGAUUGAAGAUGAAUACAUGUUUAAUGUAUGAUCAAACCUGUCCAUUGCUGCUUAUGUUGUUUUUUUAAUUAAGUGUCGAGUCUGAUGUCUUUUGCACAUCUUUCUCUGAAAAGAUGAACAUUACGACUGUUUGUUACUUUUUUUAUCAGCUCCAUUUAUUUGUUUUUGAUUCGGAACGAAACGGGGUAGAGAUGUGUUUAUUCGCCUGCUAGUCAGAAGGGUGUGAAGGUGAUCAUUUCCCACCGGUAGCCGGAUGUGAAUCUGCAUUGCAGUAUUAAGUAACUUCACAGAUGUUUGGCAGCUGUUGAUUCAGUUUGUAUUUGUGCAGCGCUUGUGCGACUAUUCAAGCUGGGACUUUAUUUCAGUGUUAAAGCGGAGUGUUUACGUUAUGUACGUCCAGCUUUUCAGUUGUAGAUGAGGCUACAGUAAAAAUGUUGAGUUGGCUUAACCGUGUUGUGUCAACUGGUUCCACUAACCCCAGUGGCUUAAAGAGGAAUACAUUUUACUUUUACCAUAACAAUGAAUGUUACUCUUUAGUGGGUUUAGUGGAACCAGUUGACAUGGUUAAGUAAACAUUGUAUUUUUUACAGUGUAUUUAACUCAACAAAUGCACAAAGUCUAAUUUUUCAGCAGUGUAGUUUGAACAUUUCAGCUUAAACUGUCAUUUGAAUAUUAUUACCACGACUUUGCAUUGCUCAUUUGAAGAAAAAUACUAAAUUUGCCCCCAAAACUCAAAUAUUAGAGUGUUCUGUUUCUAAUACAUUUGUGUAAUCUGGGUAAUUUCAAAUCUAUAUAUAUAUGACCUGAUGUUGCUUUCUUUAUUUUCAAUGUUAAUUGUUUUAAAAAGUUUGUUUUACAUCUACAUGUUAACACUUGAAGUCAAACCAAAUAUGGAUAUUGAAUCUAUAGCUGCCAUAGUUUGUGAAUGCACAUUUAACUCUGCUGCCCGGUGUUAUCUGUUCUAAAUGUGUGGAAAAGGAUUGUGUUCAUGGGUGCUCUUCUAAACAGAUUCCAGUCCUGCUCAGUAAAACUGGCGCUUAAUGCCAGCUGUGUCCAUUUAAAUGGUUUGGACCGGAUGCCUGGCAUUGCCUUGGUUAUUUUAAAAAACUGAAUGUCGAAUAAAAUCAAGCAUCCAUUCUGGAAA